AUGGCUCCAAUUCGUCGCGUAGCUGUCGCGCAGUGGUACAUCAAGGACCUAGCCAUCGACGAGAACCACGCGAAAGCAUGCCAAUACAUCCGUGAAGCCGCAGCGCAAGGCGCUGAACUUGUCGUUCUGCCAGAAUACCACCUAAACGGCUUCAACCCGUCUGACCCCCUCUACAUCCACCAAACAACUACCUACACACCCUACUUGCAAACCUACCAAUCCCUCGCCCGCGAACUCUCCAUCUCCCUCAUCCCCGGCACGAUCGUCGAGAACCACUCGCCGACGCCUGCCCACAAUGAAAACGAAAAGCCCCUCCUCUACAACACCGCCUACUUCAUCGCUCCCACCGGCGAGAUCCUAGGCUCCUACCGGAAGAAGAACAUCUGGCACCCUGAGCGUAAGUAUCUGACGUCGUCGGGAGAGGAGCCGCAUGAGGUGAUUGAGACGCCGGUGGGGAAAAUCGGGUUGUUGGUUUGUUGGGAUUUGGCGUUUCCGGAGGCGUUUCGGGAGUUGAUUGCCCAGGGCGCUGAACUUAUUAUUAUUCCUACUUUUUGGAGUCGGUAUGAUGCUUCCCCCGAGGCAUUGCAGUAUAACCGUGAGUCUGAAGUGUUGUUUCUUGAGUCAACACUUACGGCUCGCACGUUUGAGAACACGUGCGGGAUUAUCUUUGCGAAUGUUGCUGGGGGGCCUGGGGAUCAGUAUUUUGGACUGUCGAGGGUUGUGUUGCCGGUUACGGGUGUUGUGGGGGAUAUGGGCAACAAAGAAGGGGUGAUGGUUGUGGAUAUGGAUAUGGGGCUGGUGAGGAUUGCAGAGGAGAAUUACAAGGUUAGACAGGAUAUUAAGAAGGAGGGGUGGCAUUAUGUUUAUCGGCAUAGUGCUGCGUGA